AUGGAGAACACUGAGGGGCAAUCCCCACCCUGCGUGCCACGGAUAGAUGAGGAGGAAGGGGGCGGCGAGGGGGGACUCGAACGUCCCACCGAAACGGUUCUCGCAAGGACGGUGCGCCGGGACUCACAUCGGGGAAAUAAUGGCUUGCAAAAACCCCAGUACAUUCUUUGUAGCGUUGUGUUUUCCAACUCAAAUCUGAAGCCAUCCAAGCUUCAAGAGCACUUCAAGAACAAGCACGGCGGAGCUGAUGUUGAAGGACAUGAUGUUGGAUCAUUGAAAAUCAAAAAAACUUGUUUUGAUUCACAAGGAACUCUUCCAAAAUUAGGUUUUGUUUCUGUUGAAAGACCACUACUUCUUGCUUCAUACCAAGUGGCAUAUAAAGUGGCCAAAUCCAAGAAGGCCCUUACAAUUGUGGAAGAUCUCAUCAAGCCAUGUGCACUGGAAAUGGCAACAAUUAUCCUGGGCAAAGAAGCAAGAAAAAAAUUUGAACAGGUGCCCCUAUCAAAUAAUGUCAUUCACAACCUAAUCAGUGAUUAGAGUGAAGAUAUUUUGGACCAAGUCAUCUCAGAUGUCGGAGCUAGUCCUCUUAAAAUCUCUAUUCAGUUGGAUGAGUCAACUGAUGUCUCCAGUUGUAGUCAACUCAUCACAUCAGUGAGGUAUGUCAAUGAUGGUGCUGUGAAGGAAGAUUUCCUGUUUUGUAAAGAUCUGAAAACAAACACAACUUCAAAGGAUGUGAUGCAGCUGGUGAAAGACGUCUUUGCCAAACAUGAUUUAGAUAUCAAAGUCAUUGGUUCAGUGUGCACUGAUGGGGCACCUGCAAUGCUUGGAAAUAAAUCUGGCUUUUCUGCAUUGAUGAAAAAGGAGAUUCCAGACUUGCAAGUUACCCAUUGGUUUCUUCAUCGGCAUGCUUUGGCAUCAAAAACAUUGCCUCCAAAUUUGAAGAAAGUCGUUGAUACUUGUGUGAAGAUCAUCAACUGGAUCAGGGGGUGUGCUUUGGACCAUCGUAUCUUCAAAUCAUUUUGUGAGGAUUUGAGAAGUGAGCAUUCAGUUUUGCUUUUCCACACUUUGUCGUUUGGUUGUCACGAGCACAAACUUUAACCCGCUUCUUUGAACUGCAGGAAGAAAUCGAAGUUUUUCUGGAAGAGCAUGAAUGUGAUCUGGUUGGGGCAAUGGAAUCAUAGGAAUUCGCCUGCUUCGCCAGCCAAUCAUAGGAAUUCGCUGGCUUACUUAGCUGACAUUUUCACUCGUAUGAAUGACCUGAGUGUUCCUUUUCAAGGAAAAGGGAUAAAUAUAUUGAAGGCUUGUGAAAAGUUGAAUGCCUUCAAAGAAAAGUUACCCCUUUAGCGUCGAAGGAUGGAAAGAGGCAAUCUCUCAAAUUUUCCUUCACUAGAAGAGAUGGUUGAUGAUGCUGGAUCCAUAACUCCUACUGUGUGUGAAGAAAUUGUGGCUCAUCUGGAAAUGCUGUCAGAAUCGUUUGAUGGAUAUUUUUCUGCUGGAGACUUGAAGAUUUCAGAAGAAUGGAUCAUGAAUCCAUAUUCCUACAAUUUGGAAAAAAUGUCAGAUGAUGAAGAGCUGAAGGAAGUUCGUAUUGAUUUGUGGACAAAUUGAGCUCUUGAAAUGCAAUUGAAAGCAAGACUUUGGAGGAGUUUUGGUGUGCAGCACUGGAUAUGUUCCCAAGACUUGGUGGAAAAGCACUCCGUGUCCUCAUUCCAUUUGCAACAACAUACUUGUGUGAAUCUGGAUUCAGUUCUCUUUAGUCAAUCAAGAUAAAAUCUAGGAAUCGCCUGAACCCACAGGCAGACCUGCAGAUCGCAGUCAGCAAGAAAGUUCCACGUUUUGACAAAAUCAUGAAUGAGAAGCAGGAGCAAAGAAGUCAUUGAAUUUUAUGUUCACAGUUGGGAUUGAUUUUACUGUUUACAAUUUUUUCUGAAUAAAUUAGAAUUCAAUUGCUCAGUUUAUAUUUGCAUUUUAUGCACUGAAUUAAAAGCUUAUUUUUUUAA